GCUCUCUGCAGACUGUGUGAAAAAUUCUUGCUUUCUUCUUAGACAGCUUUUCAAUCAGCUGAUGCUUGGGAAAGCUCCAAGCUUUAUGGGAAUGGCUUUGUUUUUCUCUGCGCUUUUAGUCUCUUGAAGAAGGAGAAGAUAUUCGCUUGAUUGGAACGAGUUUCAAAGGCUUCAUUUGUGAUCAAUAAGAUUUUGAUAGUGCUUAUGUGAGUCUUCGUUGCUAAGUUUCGAUUGCGUUAUGGCUAAUACAACGUGGUUGAUAAACUGUCGUGCGAUUGCGAAAAAGGUGAAAAAUGCCGUUUUUUAUUCGAAUUAUCAGCCAAGGGACUUCGGAGCUGAAGCGAGUCGUGAAUGUCCGAAUUGUCAGCAUACUGUUGACAACAGUGAUGUUUGUUUGGAAUUGCCUGGACUACCUGCUGGUGUAAAGUUCGAUCCCACUGAUGCGGAGCUUCUGGAGCAUCUAGCAGGAAAAGCAGGGGUUGGGAUUGCCAAAGCUCACAUCUUUAUCGAUGAAUUCAUCCCAACUCUUGACGGGGAAGAAGGAAUUUGCUACACACAUCCUGAGAAUCUCCCUGGUGUAAGAAAAGAUGGGAGCAGUGUGCAUUUCUUUCACAGAUCAUUAAACGCAUAUUCAACUGGAAAUCGGAAGCGCCGAAGGAUCCAAAGCGGAUUUUGCGAGACUGAAGAACGGGUAAGGUGGCAUAAGACUGGUAAAACCAAACCGGUGUUACAUAAUGGUGUUCUGAAAGGCUGGAAAAAGAUCAUGGUUCUGUACAGAAGUUCUGGGAAGGGUAGCAAGCCAGACAAGGCUAAUUGGGUGUUGCAUCAGUAUCAUCUUGGGAUGGAAGAAGAGGAAAAAGAUGGCGAUUUGGUUGUUUCAAAGAUUUUCUACCAGCGAACAAAGCAAAUGGAUUGUAAUGAGACUGAAACUGUUCGAGAAAAAUCGAAUUUUUUAACAGUAAGGUACAGUCCAAGAAUGCCUACAACUAUGAAUCCGCAGCCAACUCGCUCUAAAAUGAAUCCUUCAUAUGAAACUGAUGAGCAUGUUUCGCUUCUCUGGGAGAUUCAGGAAGAAAAGGCUCCGAAAGUUGAACUACCUCCAUCAACAUUUCCCAUUGUUAAUCUUAAGAAUGAAAAACUGGAAUCAAAUUUGUGGGCGGGUGAGUCACAAGCCAUAGAGGAACCAAAUCCUCAGCUGAUAAAUGAGUCAUUGCUAUGCAGUAAAGUGCUAAAAAACUUUCCUCCCUUGGAAAAAUCAUCCCGACAACUUGAGAAAAUAUUGUAUCCGUCGUCCGGACGUGCAGAUGAUGACAUGGAUAGCAUCAUGCCGUGCGUUCAGCAAUGUGGUGAGAUCCACGUCGUCGACCACAGUUCUAAUUUAUCUGACGUAAUAUUUUCUCAGCUUAACUACUCAAACACGAUUCCCGGCUGUAUAGAUCAGCUUGAAAUAGAUGCAGAUUCAGCUCGUGGCUUCCCUAGUCUCGAAAACAUAGAAGUUGACACACCGCCUGACUUUCAGCUUUCUGAUUUGCAAUUUGGUUCACAAGAUAGCAUCACGAGCUGGUUGGACCGGCUGUAGAGUGAUAAAGACUUGGGAUUUUUGAAGCCCGGUCUACCAAUGAUGAUUAUUUAGCAGAUCAAGUGUUGGCAUAAGAGUAGAAUUUCAUAUUGCCAAUCAUGCAUCUUUUUGCUGUAAAUUGCAGGUUAUUCUUACUUGUAAAAGACU